AUGUUUUUCCAGCAAACUGGAGAUGGGAAGAAGACAAUCUUAAUUGUCUAUGUCGAUGACAUAAACCUAACUGGGGAUAAUAUAGUAGAAAUGGAGAGACUGAAGAAAACUCUAUCCACAGAGUUUGAAGUAAAAGACUUGGGACAAAUACGAUAUUUCUUAGGAAUGGACGUUGCUAGAUCAAAAGAAGGAAAAAGAACAGAAGAUAUCAAAAAACCAGUGGAAAGAGACAAAUAUCAGAGACUAGUUGGGAAGCUUAUAUACCUAUCCCAUACUAGACCUGACAUUGCAUUUGCAGUCAGUGUGGUAAGUCAACAUAUGCAUUCACCAAAGGAAGCUCACUUAGAAGCUGUGUACAAGAUUCUCAGAUACCUUAAGGGCUCCUCGAGUAAAGGAUUAUUCUUUAAGAAGAAUGCAAGCAAGGAAGUAGAAGUCUUUAUUGAUGCGGAUUGGGUUGGUUCGAUAGAAGAUAGAAGAUCUACCAUCGAGUAUUGCACCUUUGUAUUUGGAAACUUAGUAACUUGGAGAAGCAAGAAACAUAAUGUAGUGGCUAUAAGCAGUGUUGAAGCUGAGUUUCGACCAGUUGCACAAGGGAUAUGUGAAGUUUUGUGGCUAAGGAAACUCUUGGAAGAACUUUAG